AGCAUAAUUACACGCACAUACUUAUGUGAGAAUAUACCAAAUGAUUAAAAGUAUGAGUUGGACUGCACACUGCAAUAGUUUUGGUUACUUGUGCCAAACCGUUAUUGUGUUCGCUGUUACUAUUGGUUUAGGCAAGUGCACAGCAAAAGAUAUAUUACAAUGUUACAAAUGUUCCGUCACUGUGGAAAAAUAUUUUGUUGACAAUGCAACUAUUAUUACACCAUUGUGUUCAAAAUUUGAAGAGUCGUCUCCUUACAUGGUUCAAUGCCCAUAUUCUACGAUGUGUUUAAAAACUAUUUCCAUUUUACACAUUCAAAAUGGACAGCGGCAGGAAACCAUUACAAGAGGCUGUGCACAGCAAAAGAACACUACUCAGAUAUUUCGUAAUAGGCAAUGGGAGCAGGAGCACUUAGUGGAGGAGGUAUACGAGGAAGGAUGCAAAGAAAUUCAAGGUAACAAUUUGGCGGGAUCAAAAAACGUACAUUGUUAUUGCCGUGGAGAACUGUGCAACUCUUCAAAUUCCUUCAUUCUUAAUGGAAAAUUGUUAAGCGUGUUUAUUUUGUUGAACGCCAUUUCGAUAUUUGGUGCCACAUUUUCCUAAUUGAAUGUUUUCUUUUUAAAAUAUAAACGUUUGCAAUUUAUAAUAAUGAAUUCUGUGCUGUUGUGAUAAUCUAUAUAAUUAACAAAAUAUCUUGUAUGCCGUUUUGUGAUAAUAGCAAUCCAAUUUCUUGACGCAUACUUGAAAUCUUGAAGAUAAAUAAAAAUGAUGUGUGGCUGAGUGUUUUUUAAAUGGAUUUGUUUUUGUU